AUGCCAAGAUUGACGUCAGCUCAACUCAAGAAUGCCAUUGGGAUAUUGCAAGCAGGGACAACUCAACAAGCUGUGGUAAGGCACUUUGGCGUCUUCAGACAGACCAUCUCUGCUUUAUGGGCACGGUACAACACCACUCAAAGUGUUAAUGACAGGUCAAGGUCAGGUCGUCCAAGAGUAACCACCGCUGCUCAAGAUCGAUACAUCCGGGUAUGUCAUCUUCGAAAUCGAACCACAACAGCAACAACCACAGCGGCACUAAUCCCUGGACUACGCAGAAUUUGUGACCAGACAGUUCGUAAUCGGUUAAGGGAAGUAAGAAUUUUCCCUAGAAAAUCAGUGCGACGUGUUAGUCAGGAGUUUCUGCAGCGCCACAACGUCCAGACGUUACCUUGGCUUGCUCGUUCGCCGGAUUAA